AUGGCUUCAAGCUCUCUGAAAAGACAAGACUCAAACAGCCGCUGGACACCAAAGCAGAACAAGGUGUUUGAGAGGGCUCUGGCUCUUUACGACAAGGAUACCCCGGACCGGUGGCAGAAUGUGGCCAAGGCUGUUGGCGGGAAUAAAACACCCGAGGAAGUGAAGAGGCACUAUGAUAUCCUCCUUGAGGAUCUCCGGCAAAUUGAGUCCGGCCAGGUUCCUAUUCCUAACUACAAGUCCCUUGGAAUCACCACCACAAAAGUUGAUGAGGAAGAAAGGCUUCUGAAGUAUCUUAAGCUGCAGUAG